AUGACCAUUGCUCAAGAGGAAAGUCACAAUGUUUCAGGUGAAGCUGGUUCAAGGAAAUCUGCACAUCAAGAGAACAUUACUAACGCAAAUGGUCACAAAUUUGUCGAAAAGCUGUUCAAACAACCAACAUUUUGUGGAUAUUGCAAGGGAUUUAUAUGGGGACUGGGAAAACAAGGUUUUCAGUGCAAAGAUUGUUCCUUUGCCACACACAAGCGAUGCCACCGAUUGGUUGCAUUUCACUGCCCAGGAAUGGAUUUAUGUUCACAGGGAGAUGUAAUCCCAACUGAUCCUCCCCCCUUGUUGCGUCGUAUCUCAAUGACUUUGGAUCGAGUCGGGAGUCGUGGGGCUCCAGUAGAUGUGGGCAAUAAUAAUUUCGAGCGUAAAGGUGCUCUCCGUCAGAAAAAUGUGACCGAAGUGAAUGGACACAAAUUUGUCGCGACAUUUUUCAAACAAUUCACAUUUUGCGGUCAUUGUAAGGAUUUCAUAUGGUACAGUGUUUUGACUGGUUCCAAAGCAACAACUUGUACACGGUUAUGUUUUGUAGGGGCCUCGGAAAGCAAGGAGUUCAAUGCAAAAUUUGUUGUUUUGCCGUUCACAAACGUUGUUACCAGUUGGUUGCAUUCAAAUUUCAAACGAUGUCACAAAUUUUUCACGCACACAUUUUCCAGCCCCACAUUUUGUGAUCACUGUGGCUCUCUGUUGUAUGGAUUGGUUCAACAGGGGCUCAAGUGUCAAAGUUGUGACAUGAAUGUUCACAAACGCUGUGAGUCAAAUGUGCCGCGUCUAUGUGGUGUUGAUCACACAGAACGUCGUGGACGUAUCAAUCUGAAGAUUAUGCAUCAUUCCUCCACUUUGUACGUUGAAGUGAAAGAAGCGAAAAAUUUGAUUCCAAUGGAUCCAAGUGGUUCAUCCGAUCCGUAUGUGAAAGUGAAACUGGGCCCGGGGGACAAUUUGAGUCGGAAGUUCAAAACGAAAACGGUUAAAUCCAGUCUGAAUCCAGUGUGGGAUGAAGCUUUCAAAAUUCCGAUUCAAUCACAAGACGAAUCGAAACGUUUGCAUUUCGAAGUUUGGGAUUGGGAUCGAGCGUCGCGGGAUGAUUUCAUGGGUGCUUUGUCGUUUGGAAUAACGGAAUUAUUGAACAAAUCGGUCGACGGCUGGUUUAAACUUCUCAGUCAGGAGGAAGGCGAGUACUAUUCAAUUCCCUGUCUGUCGGAGACCAAUCAGCCGUCAUUUGCCCAACUGACAUCUCAGUAUGAGGUGAGUAUAUCGCGGGCAGGUGAUAUGUUUUUCGAACCGAUUGUCAACCAAACGGGGGUUUUGUUAUCAUCGCAAGCAAUGUGCCUGACCGGGACAAAUGGUUUAUUACAUAGACUACAAACAAAAACAUACAAACCAAGGUUCAGCCACUUUCUAAUUCCCAAAAAUAAAUUUAUUGAUAAUAAUAGAGGCCUGCGGUAUCCCUGGGGAUGGGUGGAGUAUUAA